AUGCUUCCAAACUUCCUCGCCCGCCUAACUCGACCCUUUACAACAUCCACCACAAUGUCCAUCGCCGGCCAGGGCUCCUCCUCCACCGCGGCCACGGGCCCGACCAUUCCCGACCACGCCCAAAAGGCCACCAUCGCCGCCGGCUGCUUCUGGGGCGUCGAGCACCUCUACCGCAAGCACUUCCAGGCCAAGGGCCUCAUCGACGCCCGCGUGGGCUACAUCGGCGGCGACCUGUCCAACCCGACGUACCGCGCCGUCUGCGGCGGCGACACCGGCCACGCCGAGGCCCUGCAGGUCGUCUUCGACCCCAACAAGGUCACCUACCGCCAGCUGCUCGAGUUCUUCUACCGCAUGCACGACCCCACCACCGCCAACCGCCAGGGCCCCGACACGGGCCCGCAGUACCGCAGCGCCAUCUUCUUCCACGACGCCGAGCAGGAGGGCAUCGCCAAGCAGAUCACGAAGCUCGCCAACGAGCAGUGGUACGACGGCAAGAUCGUCACCGACGUCAUCCCCGCCGGCCAGUGGUGGGACGCCGAGCAGUACCACCAGCUGUACCUCAACAAGAACCCUUCGGGCUACGAGUGCCCCAGCCACUUCUUGAGGACGUUCCCCGAGCUGCAGGGCUAA